AUCCGUGGAACCCCCACCACUUCACCCACACCACCACCAUUGCUGCCACCGUCUCAACCACCUCCACUAUUGCUGUCAACAUCAUUAUCCAAACUGGAGGCACAGAGGCUGGGGAGAGGCAGUAAAGAGAGAGCAAAGGGAGGUAACAAUUCCAAAUAAGUAUGGAAAUUAAUAGUGCUUUCAGAGUGUUUUGGAAAUCAAGGGAAUGGAAUGUGAGAAAGUCGACAUUUAAUUCAGACCAGGAAAUACCACUUUCAUUGAGAAGAAGGUAUUUUAAGAGGAAGAAAAGGGGCAGACCAUCCAGAGACUCUGAAGAGUAUGAUAAGCAACAGGUCGGUGAUCACAUGAUAACAUUUCCCUGUUCCAUAUGCAAGCAUGAAAUUGACGUACGUGAAAUUUUCCUCCAUAAAAAGCAACAUGUGGCUUGGGCCACCCUGGGGUUUCAGUGGAUGGGUGAAAAGAAACCAGGGCCCUCAGUGAUUGCCAUUCAGAGACAGCUCAUAAUCGCCAAACUAUUGUCAUUUUCUAGAUUCACUGAAAAAAUCCUACAGAGCAUUAACAAUGCAUUUGAGCUACUUUGGAAGAAACAAAUACCAGCAUACUAUAAGAUUGUUGACAGCAUUCAUAGGAGUUCCACACAUCCUCAAACUAUCUGUCAUCUAUUGAUUAAAGGUGUCGCCAUUUGUGAAGAUAGAAAUUCUACAUGGAGAGCUGACAUGAAUGAUAAAUUCACUGUAGUGAACAAUUUUGGCAAUAAACACAAUGUGUGUUUCUUUGGUUUGUUUGAUGGACAUCAUGGUGUCUCAGCAGCAGAGCUGACAUCAGUUGAACUCCCAGUUUUACUUCUCCAUCAACUUUCCAGAUUCGAUCCUUCCUACCAAAUGACCCCUGAAGAGCAAAACAUAAUCGAAUCCUUUCACACAGUGUUUAGAGAAGAAUACAUAGCUAUAGAAGAACAUUUCUCCUCCAUAACGAAAAAGACAAAAACAUUGAAAUGUGAGUAUGAGAACAUACACAAAGCCUUUGCAAAAGCAUUUUGGAGAAUGGACAGGCUUUUACGUCUUGGAAGGAAAGAAGUAUCCAGGGUUCGAUGGAGUGGCUGUUCUGCAGUUACUUGUAUACUGGAAGGCAACAUUAAAAAUCCCUAUGCUGAGAAGAGAAUCCAUAAGCGUGUUAGUGUGGCCGAGAGUAUCCCUUCCCAGAUGAUGCCACAGAUAAUUUCUGGAGUAUUGCAUAUUGCAAACACUGGUAAUGUACAAGCAGUCUUAUGCAGAAAUGGAAAAGGCUUUUGCAUAACCAAAGAACACACCACGCGAAACAUAACCGAAAGAAGAAGGUUACUUCAGAAUGGAGCGAUGAUUAGUUCAAAUGAACCACAUGGGCUCCUAGAAGGGCAAAUAAAAACCACACGAGGACUUGGGUUUCAUGGAAAUCUCAAACUGAAAAAAUCCAUUAUUCCAGCACCUCAUACUAUCUCUGUCCCUAUAGAUGACUUAUGCCAAUUCCUUAUUUUGGCUACUCAUGGACUCUGGGAAGUUCUGGAUACAAAGGAAGUCACUGCACUGGCAAUGACAAUGUUUGAGGUGUAUAAAGAAACCUACUGUUUUGUCAAGCAAAACAAAUCUUUACCAUCCAAAGGGCCUCUGCUUUUCCCAAUCAACGAACCAAGUAAUACUAAAUCAGAAAGUAGUAUCCAUAUACUAUUUCAGUAUAAACCUGAAUCUACAAAAUAUGUGUCAACUACAAAUUCAAAAGAAAAUGCAUCUGAUUCAAAAUGUUCUAAUUCUAAAAAUGCACAAACAUUUCCACCAGAAAAGACUAAUCACGAUCUUUGCAGUGAGAAAGAAACCAAAGGACCAACGAGUGUAAAUGAUGUGCCAAAAGAUUCAAGUGAAAAAGAAAAAGAAUCAUGCACUAAAAAUUUCUAUGAAGGUGCAGCCAAGUAUAUUAGCCAUGAACUUGUGAACGCUGCUUUAGUGGCUGGCUCCAGGGACAACAUUACAGUCAUGGUAAUACUUCUCAAUGGAAGUGAGUAUCAGUUUUUGACAUAA